AUGGUUGUUCUUGAUGGUAUAGUUAUGGGUCCUCAGCACUGUGCAUAUGAGAAUUGCACUAAUGACCUCUCUAACUCUUGUGGUGGAUCUCUAUGUGAUAUACAUCACAUAAUGCUUGCUACUCAAUGCACCAACCACAGUGGCGUAAACAUACAAAGAACAGCAAAUGCCACAACUAGGCUGGAGUUUGUAACUAAUAACAGUGAAGAGAAAUGUGCAAUCUUAAAAAGAGAAAAAUUGUAUCUGUUGUAUCUAUUUAUGGUGGAUUGUGAUCUUAUUCGUGUGGAUUCCGGUGGAAUGGGACAGGACUCCGGUGGAUUCCACUGGAUUCUGGUCCCAUUCCUGCAGACUCCGGCGGAGUCUGGUCCCAUUCCACCGGAAUCCACAGGAAUGACCAGAAAAGGAAAGUCAGAAGGCAAACCAAUACCAAUUAUACAAGAUUGGCUUGGAAAGUCCAUUAAAAUGGAAGUGAAGAACCUGUUGCAUGUCAGAGACACUUUAUAUGCCUACAUGGAUGUUCAGAUCUUCUGCUUCCUGGAUCAACAACAGUCAGCUAUCAAGGUUCUGCAUAAUGUGCAGAAAAAGCUUCAGAAGCUUUGUUUUUCCAGUGAUGGAUCUGAGGGAACCAGGUUUUUGGUGAGGAUGGGGAUACUCUGA